AUGUGGGCGGGCAGCGGCGUGGCAUUUUUGUGCCACGUGGAAAAAUCUGCUUUGCAGGAGUUGGAGAGCGAAACUGCUUCGUCCCCUGACGUGAAGCGACAACACGAACUGCCCCGGACCCCAGACCGUGGAGAAAAAGCCACAGAACAAGCUGAGGAUAAAUUCGUCACUGGCGCCUCCUUCUUUGCCUUCGACCGCCCCCUCGCAGCCGUCGGCCGCCUUUUCGGCUCUGCGCCGGCAACGCGAGACUUCUCAGUAGUUCAAAUAGGUAACUCUGUCCAGAGCAUCCACGGCCUUCUCCUCGGUGGCGGCAGCGUCUUCGGCCUAGACGCAGUUGGAGGUCUCGUUGAAUUCCAGCGCAAGCGUGGCAUCGGCGUCUCGACGAUUGCAGGGCCCAUUCCCGUCUGUCCAGCGCUUGGCAUUUUUGACGUCCCCGCUCUCGCACCUGAUUCCUCGUUUCCUGCCAGCUCUGCAUGUGCGCUUCCCCAAUUCGUCAAAUCCGAGGACGUCGCCACUGCAUGCGCUGAAGCGGAGCGCCGACGGGUGGCUGGACCGGCAUCGGCUCCCGAGAGCGACUCCGGGGACAGACGACGCGAAAGGGGGGGGGAGAAGGAAAGGUCUGUCCCCCCGGCGGUCGCGCCUCUUCGAGUUCGUUGUCGGUUCCACUCCAGUGGGUCAGUCUCUACUGUCGUCGCUGCAUCUGCGCCCUCCGAACAGGCCUCUCCGGCUUCUGCCGGCACUUCGCGUGAGGAGAUAGAUCCGGUCCCUGUUCUCUCUACUUUACCGGAGGAGACCGUCUCCUGGAUAGGAUCUGUUGGGGUCGGAGUGGGAGCGACCUGCGCCCGAGUCGGCGAGUGCGCGGGGUUCGCGCCACGGAAAGGAGGCUGGGGCGAGGCCUCUCGGUACCGGGCCUGGCGGGGUGAGCUUGCGAGAGACAAAGCGACAGGGACCGGCAACGAUGAAACGCUCAAAGUUCAGGCCUUCGUCGUCGUCAACAGUUACGGAGACGUCGUCGCUACAGGGAAGGACAGCGAGAACGCCGUUGUCGCAGGUCCCCUCAAAAACGGCGUCACAUUCGCAGCCUCUGAGCUCCUUCAAAAAGCAGACCAUACCUUCCUACCUCUGAGCCUCCAGCCACAAGCGACAACUCUGGUCGCCGUCUUCACCAACUUGGACUUGAGUCGUGACGCCCUCUGGCGUGUAGCUGCGAUGGCGGGUGCUGGCAUGGCUCGGGCAAUUCACCCUGUCUUCUCCCCCGUUGACGGGGACGCUGUCAUCGCCGUCUCCACUGGAGAGCUUACUCAUGGCGACACCGACCCGACGCUUUCGGAGAUCAUCGUAGGAACCAUGGCUGCAGAAUGCGUGGCUGAAGCUAUCCAACGAGCCGCGGCAGUCGCAAACAAACUGUGAAAGUGAUCGUCGAAAUUGCAUUCGAAUACAACAGCUGCGCACUCAAAGCGUUUGCUGUUUCGUCUUGUGCUUGGGAAAGGGUAUUGGCGAUCCCGUGUCGAAAACAUUGGCGUGGUUGCUCACCCACGUGAACUAUAUUGACCAAGAAUCGAGAUUAAAAUCCGCCGGUGCGCAGAUGUUGAUCGGUGGAUGUGUGGAAAAAAAGGCCUACACGCGCGUGUGUCCGUCGUGGCGCCUCUCGCGACAUCUUUAUUUUGAACAAAUUACGUCUGCGACAACAACUACGGACGAGUAGCUCUCGGCGGGAGGAAACACCAAUUCGAGAUUACCACCGUUAAUGAAAGAAUCCUCACUCACA